AUGGUCGAUAAUGUACUAGGGAUCGCGGAGACUAUCCAAACAGCCCAUAUCGUACACAAUCCCGACGUUUCUCAUGACAUCAACCCAGCCACCGCAGCUUCGGAGAAGCAACCUGUAGUCGCCGUGCCAGAGUCGGACUCCGGCAGUCUUGAUUCAGACAUUGUCAGCCCAAGAAAUGUCGUUCGACCUAUACGCCGACGUCAGACACUUCCCCCUCUGCCAGAUCUACGCUUUGAACAAAGCUACCUCCACAGUUUGAGGGAUGCCGACAGCUGGGGAAGGGUAACAUGGAUCACCGUCAGAGAUCAAGUUCUCCUUCCUCUCAUCCAAGGCACCGUCUGGACACUCGCUCUCUCCGGUUGGCGCUUUUGGAACCGUAACGCCUCGCUCAGCGGCGUGACACUGGGCAGCAAGAUUCGCAGGUGGUGGUAUGGAGUGAACAACUGGAAACUUCCCAAGGCCUGGUCCAAGGACAAGAAGCUAGCUCAGCAAGUUGAAGAUGUGAGCAAUCCAUUUCUAUAA